UGUGGUGAGCACAAAGCGAACUAUUCUUUCGCCUUUUACUAAAGAAUACCGUGUGCUCUCCACGCUAAGUGGCAUACGCCUAUUUUUGGAGGGAUCGAUCUUCGGGUCGACCCAACAAUUCUCAGUUUAAUCUUUUUACUCUCUGUUAGCUUUACUUCGAGUAGAGAAGCUUGAAGAUUUGGUAUACCGAGUAAUGGCUGUCGUGAUCUUAGUCUCUGAACCUAGGUAGCUAAUACUAGUGGAACAAAUUGUUUAGCUUAGAUCCCCUUCUUGUUAGUUUGGGCGGAGCCAUAUGUGACCAACUUCGCUAGAUGGUGCUGGCGGAGUCAUUGGUUUUGCUCUGUUUAAUUUUUCCGGGACUAGUGUUGUUAUUUAUUUUUUUCAAAACCCAAUUAUGAUUUUAGUAUUUUUGCCGAUUAUAAGAUUGAAUUUGCUGGAGGAGGAUGAUGAGGUUGUGAGAUUUGCAUUUUUUCUCAAAGUUAAAAAAAAAGAGCCAUUGAACUGAUCAAUGAUUCUGUCCUAACAUUAACACAUGAUUGAAUAUAGUCGAACAUAUUUGGAAGUUCGGAACAAUUUCAUCCCGAGAUGAUCAUAUGUCCAAUUAAACAAAUCUUGAUCAAAAACAGGAAGGUGCAGUAUGUUCAGUAACAAGUUUUUAAACUAAAUAUUAACUGAUGUUGUAACGCUGGAUUCAGUUGUUAACACUGUGAGGCUGGUUAUUGUUUUUUUUUUUUCCUUUCUUUAAGGUUGUGUAUUACAUGGAAGAGAGAAUACACACAUAAAACUAAAGAAAACAAUAGAUUUGGCUUUGAAGAAGUUACUAGGAAUAGGAGAUUUGCUAAUUAUGGUUAAUUUUAUGAGUCUUCCUCAUUUUACUCACAUCCUCUCUUCUUUCCUCAGCACAAAUUUUUUUGCUGUCGUUUAUGUUUUUCCAAGUUGUCCUCCUCCACCUCCUCAAUUCUCUCUGUUUUUCUAUCUGCCUGUCUCUCAUUUUUUUUCCUUUAUCAAAACGAAGAACUCCUUCUCUCUCCUCGUGCAUUUGAAUUCUUAAACCCGAAUCCGUCUGGUCCUUCUUUUUGUCCUUCUUGCCUUCCCCUCCGUGAUGGUUCGUCAUUCUCGGAGGGAGUCCUUUUCUGAAAUGGCCGGCUUAGAGGUUUGUUCCGAUACUGAUCUCCUCUGGCCAUUCGGGAAGCUUGAUGGUCUUGAUCGAGAUGAAAUCCGUGAAACAGCAUAUGAGAUCUUUUUCGCGGCAUGUCGAUCAUCACCUGGAUUCGGAGGUAGAAAUGCUCUCACGUUCUACUCGAAGCACAAUGGUGGUGACCAUCAAGGAGAUGGAGUAGGAGGAGGAGGAGGAGGAGGAGGAGGAUCUGGAUCGUCUAACGGGUCUGGCUUCGGAUCUUUAGGGAGGAAGGAGGUUGUGACAACACCAACAAGCCGAGUGAAACGAGCGUUAGGGUUGAAGAUGCUAAAACGAUCUCCGUCUAGGCGAAUGUCGACAGUAGGUACAGUUGCGGGAGCCGUGUCAGCUCCUUCAUCCCCUGGUAAAAAUGGAAGCAUUGGAGGUGGUUCAGGACACAUUAGCCCUGGGGCUGGGUUUCUCACUGUGCCACCUUCUCGACCUCGACGACCGUUAACCUCCGCAGAAAUCAUGAGGCAACAGAUGAGAGUGACGGAACAGAGUGACACUAGGCUUCGGAAAACCCUAAUGAGGACGCUUGUUGGCCAAACGGGUAGGCGAGCAGAGACAAUAAUCCUUCCAUUAGAGCUGCUCCGUCACGUGAAAUCAUCGGAGUUUGGUGAUAUACAUGAGUAUCAAAUUUGGCAAAGACGACAACUCAAAGUCCUUGAAGCUGGCCUUCUCCUUCAUCCAUCAAUCCCUCUUGAUAAGGCCAACAACUUUGCAAUGCGUCUCCGAGAAAUCAUCCGCCAGAGCGAGACAAAACCCAUUGACACCAGCAAAACCUCAGAGACAAUGCCGACACUUUGCAACGUUGUCACCUCUUUAUCAUGGCGCAAUAGCAACCCUAACACCGAGGUUUACCAUUGGGCCGAUGGAUACCCACUCAACGUACAUCUCUAUGUGGCACUUUUGCAGUCUAUUUUUGACAUACGUGAUGAGACGUUGGUUCUUGAUGAGAUUGAUGAGCUUUUGGAACUGAUGAAGAAGACAUGGUUAAUGUUGGGGAUUACACGAUCUAUGCAUAACUUGUGUUUCACUUGGGUUCUGUUCCAUCAAUACAUUGUGACAUCUCAGAUGGAGCCAGACUUGCUUGGUGCCUCUCACGCCAUGUUGGCUGAAGUUGCCAAUGACGCCAAGAAGUCUGAUCGUGAGGCUCUUUACGUGAAGCUCUUGACUUCGACGUUAGCAUCAAUGCAAGGAUGGACUGAAAAAAGGUUGUUGAGCUAUCAUGAUUAUUUCCAACGAGGGAACGUGGGAUUGAUCGAGAGUCUUCUACCAUUAGCAUUGUCUUCGUCUAAGAUUUUGGGGGAGGACGUGACAAUCUCUCAAGGGCAUAGUCAAGAGAAAGGUGAUGUGAAAUUGGUGGAUUCUUCAGGGGAUCGGGUCGAUUACUAUAUAAGAGCAUCUAUUAAAAACACAUUCUCAAAGGUUAUAGAAUACAUGAAGACCGAAAUCGCGGAAACAGAGGAAGGAGAAGAAGCGGCAACUAUGUUGAUUCGGCUAGCUAAAGAGACAGAGGAUCUUGCAUUGCGAGAGCGCGAGUGUUUUAGCCCGAUACUUAAGAGAUGGUACAUGGUUGCAGCUGGAGUCGCCUCUGUUUCACUUCAUCAAUGUUAUGGUUCCAUCUUGAUGCAAUACUUAGCUGGUCGAUCAACUAUUACUAAAGAGACAGUUGAAGUUCUGCAAACGGCAGGGAAGCUUGAGAAGGUUCUUGUGCAGAUGGUGGCUGAAGACUCAGAAGAAUGUGAAGACGGAGGCAAAGGGCUUGUUAGAGAGAUGGUUCCGUAUGAAGUCGAAUCAAUUAUACUAAAACUACUACAACAAUGGAUUGAAGAGAAGUUAAAAACAGUUCAAGAAUGCUUGAGCAGAGCAAAAGAAGCUGAAACAUGGAACCCAAAAUCAAAAUCAGAACCUUAUGCACAAUCUGCUGGAGAGUUGAUGAAGCUAGCGAAUGAUGCGAUCGAUGAAUUCUUUGAGAUCCCUAUUGGGAUUACAGAGGAUUUGGUUCAUGAUCUUGCUGAAGGAUUAGAAAAACUCUUUCAAGAAUACACCACAUUCGUAGCAUCUUGCGGUUCAAAACAGAGUUACAUUCCUACACUUCCUCCACUUACAAGAUGUAACCGAGACUCAAAAUUCGUGAAGCUAUGGAAGAAAGCUACUCCGUGUACUGCCUCAGGAGAAGAACUUAACCACCUCGGUGAAGCCUUACCUGGCAACCACCCACGUCCUUCCACUAGCCGCGGAACACAGCGUCUCUACAUACGUCUCAACACUUUACAUUUCUUAAGCUCUCAACUUCACUCCCUCAACAAAGCCCUCUCGCUCAACCCGAGGGUCCUCCCCGCGACGCGGAAACGUUGCCGCGAACUAACCAAGUCAUCCUCGUAUUUCGAAUUCACUCAAGCGGGAAUCGAAUCUGCAUCACAACAUGUCUCCGAGGUUGCGGCCUACCGAUUAAUCUUCCUCGACUCAUACUCGGUCUUCUACGAAAGCCUCUACACGGGAGAUGUCGCUAACGCGAGGAUCAAACCCGUGUUGAGGAUCUUGAAACAGAACCUAACGUUAAUGACCGCGAUUCUCGCGGACCGAGCACAAGCAUUAGCGAUGAGAGAAGUCAUGAAGGCUUCGUUCGAAGUGGUUCUAACGGUUCUACUCGCGGGAGGACAUUCCCGAGUUUUCUAUCGAACGGAUCACGAUUUGAUCGAGGAAGAUUUCGAGAGCUUAAAGAAGGUUUAUUGCACUUGCGGCGAAGGACUUAUCCCUGAAGAAGUGGUGGAUCGAGAGGCAGAGACAGUUGAAGGAGUGAUUCAACUUAUGGGACAACCAACAGAACAGCUUAUGGAAGACUUUAGCAUCGUGACGUGCGAGUCAAGCGGAAUGGGAUUGGUUGGGACCGGACAAAAACUCCCCAUGCCUCCAACAACUGGACGUUGGAAUAGGUCGGAUCCAAACACGAUUUUGCGAGUUCUUUGCUAUAGAAACGAUCGUGUCGCUAAUCAAUUUUUGAAAAAAUCGUUCCAAUUGGGUAAACGAAGAUGACACUAGUUAUUACAAAAUAUAUUCAAAAAAAUGUCAUCUUCCUCUAUCCUGUGACUGUUGUAUUUGUAUAUGUGUUUCGAGAUUUAAGAGUUACAAAACAAA